UGUAAUGGUCACGUGACCGGAACAUAGUUUUUCAGUUUACAAGCGCUUGUCCUCUCUCAUCUGCACACAAAUACGCUAUUGCUUUGCAUUUGAAUCUUUUGGCAAAAAUGUCGUUUUGUUCUUUUUUCGGGAAAGAGGUUUAUAAAGAUAAUUUCACACCUGGAAUAUAUGUUUGCUCCCAAUGUAGACAUCCACUCUUUUCGAGCAGGUCCAAAUAUGCUCAUUCUUCUCCAUGGCCUGCUUUCACAGAGACCAUCCGAGAAGACAGUGUAACAAAAAUGAUGGAGUCAUUAACAGCCUAUAAGGUUCUAUGUGGCAAGUGUGGUAAUGGACUUGGUCAUGAGUUUCUGAAUGAUGGUCCAGAGGAGGGCUUAUCACGUUUCUGAAUAUUCAGUCACUCGCUUAAGUUUGUCCCCAAAGAUAAGGUUGAUAAACACUAAAGUGAGGUGAAGGUCCAUGGUGAUGAAGCUGCUGUUGCACACAUAACACUGGUGAUGGGAUGUUUAGCUCAUGAAGUGGACAAGGAAAAGCCCCUGAUAGGGGAUCCUGUACACGGAUGUAAUACGGCCAUCCUGGAAGCCACAGAGACUAAAUUUGUUUAUCUAUUUUUUUACUAGUCUGCAUAAGCUUAAGGAAAAUAUGCAAAAUUGCUCUUGGAUUUAAGGAAUUACUUAUUGCUAAAAUAGUUUGGAAUAUUGCUCAUUGAAAAUGUUAAUUGUGAACGUUCAUUGUUCCUUAUAAUAAUUAAUAGCAUGAGUCAUUAUUGUGAUGAUGGUGAUGCUGAAUUGUUGUACCAAAGAAUUUGCUUGUUGUAAUUGAAUCUAACAUGUUAAUUUAUCUGUGCUAUACACAAUUUACUGAAAUUCAUGUUCCUACACUGAAAAAAUAUUGAAGUGGGGUUUACUUAAUAGAACCAUGGGAAACAAUUUCCAUGCAGAAAUUGCUAAUAAAUUUAACAGACCAUAUUAAGUAAGUAUGGCUACACCUCAAGUAAAGGCUACACAAAAUUAUUCUCAAGUGAAGUUUACAUUGCAACAUUCUGUUUCAAGUGCAUUUUAAUCACUUUUUGGUUUUACAUUUUACUCAAUGUAGCACAGAUUUCAAUGCUUUCUUUUAACAUACUUAAUCAUGUACCACACGACACACGGAAGCCUUCCACAGGGAAGAUUAAUGCAUGCUUUGUAGUCUAUUAGACAAUAUCACCUUGCUUUAAUGGCGACUGAAACAAGAUUCUGAGCUGACAAGAUUCACACCUCAACACUUGGUGCAGUAAACACAAUGAUUGUCUGUUACAGUCAACAGAUAUUUUUAUUUAUUUAUUUAUUUUUAUCAUGAAAAGGUAAUUUUGAGUAGAAAAUUAAUUUCAGACUUCACAAAACAAGAAGUUAACCAAACGUAACAACAAAAUAAAACAAGUAAAAUUUUAUUUUGAAAUUUACCAUUACCAUUAUUUACCAGUGAAAUUUACUCAGAUAAGCAAAUAAAUACGACAAGGUUUUCUCCUUUAGGAAUCAUACAUGUUGAGGCAUUGUAAAGAUAAACCAUCAUAAAUAAUUUUAUUUACCAGUGAAAUUUACUCAGAUAAGCAAAUAAAUACGACAAGGUUUUCUCCUUUAGGAAUCAUACAUGUUGAGGCAUUGUAAAGAUAAACCAUCAUAAAUAAUAUUUACUUCUAAGCUAGAGCAUAAAUGUUUACAUGUUUAAAAGUGGGUACAACUGUAGAAUUGACUUAAUAUUUUCAAGUUCACACUUUAUCUCAUUCAAUGUAGAAAGUAUAAUCUUUUCUGCUGUAUUUACUUAACUGCAUUUUUUUUUUUCUUCAGUUUAUUACAUCGAAUUUUUUGUUGUUAUCUAUUCCAUAUCCACUAUU